UAUAAAAUAUAAAACUUCUAUGAAAAUCAACCUUAAGGGAUAGGCUUAAAAUACAAAAGUGACAAAAUUUAGUGGCAUGCAGGAAAGUAUAAUUUGUGUGAAGUAUUAUACUGUAUGUUACAAAUUGACGGAGAUUCUUAUUAAAAAUUGAAAUUUAAGAAUAUUUUAGUAUUCCAUAGAAAAUUCUGUUGUCUUCAACUGUUAUGGAUAUGGUGACCACUAAUUUACAACAACAACGGCAAAUCACGGAGCAGCUACGUCGUGAAGCUGCUUUAAGACGAAUCACAGUUAGUAAAGCUGUUGAAGAUAUCAUGAAAUAUAUCACAGAGCACGAACAAGAAGAUUAUCUUUUGGUUGGUUUUUCAUCACAGAAGUCGAAUCCCUUUCGUGAAAGAAGUUACUGUACCAUUUUUUAAACUUGCAUGUUUAAGAUGAAAAGCAAGUCAUUUUAAUUUCUUCUACUAAGUAUUCUGAUAGGUUUAAUUUAUUAUAUUGUUAAAACAAAAUAUCAUAUCCACCAUCAAUAUUGAAACGUUUGUUUAACUAUCUUAAGUUGAUUUGGGUCAUCGUUAUUAUUGUUUCUGUGCAUAUUUUUAAUAUUUGUUCAAUGUAAACAUCAGACUAAAAUUAGUUUUGCAUUCAGAGCUUAUUUUUGAAGAAUCUCAUAUAUUUGCUAACACCUUGUUAUAAUUCUAUUGGCCUAUAAAUUACCAUAAAAUAUAUACGCACAAAUUACUUCUAGUGUUAUCUACAUAUAUACAAUAUAAAGUAUAUAUGCAAUAUAAAAUAUUAUUUUCUACAAUGUUGACUUUAUAAACCAUAAUAUUUUUUAAAUAUCAUAAGAACAUGUUGCUCCAUAAAGUAUAUUGUAAUCUAUUUUUAAUUCAAUCCAUAUAAUCAAAGUUGAAAUUUCAAAUGCCUAAUGUAUGUUCAAUGUACUUUUGUACAAUUUAUU